AUGCAAGAUACUCCAAACUUCUUUCAAUGCUUAAAUUGUGGCGAGUUUAGAAGCAGUGAGAACGACGAUCACUUUGCAGAAUGCACUGGGAUCACUUGCCGAAAGUGUAAAAGGACAUUCACAGGGCCCGAAAAUUACAAUGAACAUUUGGUUUUCGGUUGCGCUCCGAAACGGUAUGCAGCUCCACAAACAAUAAUUAUGCCAGCAAAAAACAAAUCUAAAUCCCGUCAAGGUCACAAAAUGAAAAGAACCUGCCCAUACUGUCUUCAAACGAUGUCGCAAAAUGAAUAUUAUCGGGAGCAUAAACAAAAAUGCUUUGGAAUUGUCUGCAUGGCCUGUAAAACUACCGUUCCGAUCACCUUAUUUGACCGUCAUUCGAUGAUUUGCAGAACUAAUUUUUCGAAAAAUCCAUACUCGUCUUAUCAGAAGAAGGACAUAGAGGAUAUAUUGGCUGAUGAUGAACGAAUCAGCACUGAGAAUGAUAAGACACCAGAAUAUGACAGUGCAAAGCGAAGAAAAUCUUAUCAAACAAAAAAACGCUCACUGGAAGCUUCGGAACUCGAGACAGAGCUGACUUUACAACUGUCCCAGGAUAACAAUGAUGACGACAUCUCAGACAAGAUAAAAACGACAGUUGCGCGAGUUCAAACAAUCCUUGAUCCAUUGGAUCCUGAAACGAGACAUUGCGUUGAAUACGCGCUAAAUCUUGUACCAUUGGAAGUAAUCGGCGGCCUGAUCGAAAAAAUUCGUAAUCAUGAUGUCUCGAGACGUAUUCUAGCGUCACUUAUCCCAGAAACCCCUGGACCUCUUGUCAAAAAAUUCAUCAUGAGAAGUUUCGACUCUAUUGGCGUUUCUCGCUUUAGGGUUCAAACGGCAAUAUCCGACCGAGAAAAACUCCAAAAUGGCCCUGACUGUCCUGAUCUUCGCAAAAAACGUAUUGAAACUCUUACAGAUGAUGAAAAAGAGGCCUUAGUAAAAAUUUGGUACGCUUCGUCAACUCCAGUUGUUGGAAAGCAAUCGAUGAUGAUAAUCGACCCAUUAAAAUGCACUCCGUUGCACAAACGCUUUUAUGAUCAGUAUGGUGCGUUUUAUGAGGAAAAAAAAAUUGGUCAGAAGAGCGCUCAAAUUAUGAGGGUUCAAAAAUAUGUUCUUUGUAAAAGUUUGCCGGAGAUCUACGCUGAAGUUAAUGAAAUUUCUUCAAAAUUCACACCAUACUUAAUUAACAAGGUCAGACCGAAAAAUAUUAUAACAAGAUCUUCCGAUCAUUUCUGGCAGCACCAAUGUCUUUGCUCGAGUUGCACAAAUGCGGAGGCAUCUACAGUGCAUCUCAAUCAAAUUAUCCGUGAAAAUUUACCGCAGGAAUCUCGGUCCUCUCAUAAAUGGAUUACAGUGUCUUCGAUUCUGGAAAAAACUGUCUGCGGAACAAAUUCUUUUGAGAAUAUUAUGUGCGCAGACAGCAAAAAAUACUCAAGCUGCUUCGCUCACUCAACUCAGCAAAAUGGUUGUGUUAAAUGUCAUCACAAAUGCUCUUCGAAGUCAGUUGAAGAAGCAAUCAAUGACCUGCUUAAAAACGUGCAGACUACUGGAAAGAUCUAUCGACUACCACAUUUUCGAUCUGAUAAAAAGGCGCAUGGAAACACUCUUUGGAUACCGAGAGGCUCCGAGGAAUGCAUGAUGGAUUUCAGAAGAGCGAAAGAAUUUUGCAUUCAAAGCUUGUCAGAAAUCCAAGCUCAUUGGUUUGACAAGGUUCAUGCAAAAGAGAACAAAAUUAUCUGCCGGGCUGGGGAUGUGGAGAUUGAUCGAAAAUUCAUUUAUGUUGAGUUCGAUUAUGGCCGAUCAUUUACACUUCUUCCUUCAAUGCGAACUCAAGGACAGUAUUUGAACACUCGACCAAUCGCUCCGUUAACAUAUCUUUUCACGAUUUUCGAUGAUCUUACCGAAUCCUGGAGACGAUUUGUCAUCCAUGGUAUAUCUCAGAAGAAGUCAACCAGUCACAUAAAAGAUCUUGAAACCAUUGCUUUUCGUAAAGCUUCUGACGAAGGUAUCGACAUUGCGGACAAACAUAUCGUUAUUUGCUCAGAUAACUCAGGAUCAGAAUUUAAAAAUAAGUAUUCCUUGGCGAUGCUUCGGAAUCUGAGAAGUUCGACGAUACGCUUUAAGGCUCCAGCCCACGGAAAGAUUCGGUGA